AUGGGCAUCGAAGACGGACAACAAAAUAACAGAAUUGAGAAUGUCAGUACUACAUCUGUAUCGCCAUUCGGCAAUUUUCCGGUGCCAAUGGCACGCUUACCAAACGAUGAUUUCGGCUGUAUUACGUCUAGUAGAGAUCACAACUCUUUUUCACCGUCAUCUAGCUCCUCAACUGCUUCAGGAAACACCAGUGUACGCAACAAAAGCUAUAAUAGUGUCAAUAUUUUUAACUUUCAAACUAUUAACGAUGAUAAAGAUGCUUCAUCAUCAGUCUUGCCGGGAGGUAGCCCCUCCGUCAUGCCCUCAGUUGUAUUUAAAUGCAACAAUUGUGAUUUCUUUGCACAUUCUAAAACAGAAAUGGAACUGCACCUGAGUGCAGUACAUCCUCAAACUGAGCCAGAUUACAUUAGCAUCCCAACGAACUCUGCUGCCAUAGAAGCAUUUCAAGCGGCUAUAGCGGCAGCGACAGCAGCAGCUUCUGCGGUGACUGCCACCCGUGCUCCUAGUAAUAAAUCUUAUUCAGAAAAUGAUAAUUUCUCAACUAUUGUUAAAAGAGAGCGUCUCUGUACCCCAAAAGAUGAGGAAAACGUAAAGUCCACAGAUGUACAAAAUACAAUGUCGCUACAGGAUGUGUCGACAGUUACACCGUGGCUCACAUCGACCCCGAAUAUAAUAAGUAAUAACGAAACUUCAGCAGCUAUAGUUCAACCCAAAUCAAUUCAUAAUGUGUUACGUGAGCUGGAAAAGACCGCUGAACAAGAAGAACAGCUAAUUGAGGAUACAAGUGGAGUCAACGCAUUGGUUGAAAGUACCAAAACAAUUUCCGGAGAAUCAGUCAACGUUCAGUGCCCCCUCUGUACAGAUACAUUUGAUAGCAAACAGACAUUGGAAAUGCAUUUGAUGAAUAUACAUAGUGUGAAUCGCGAUGGUUUGUCACGUCUCCUACAAUUAGUAGACACUAGCGCUUGGGAUUUGAACGGUAAAACCUCAGUAACGCUUACUGUAGCUAAAGAGUGUAAAGGCUCAAAUAUUGCCACCGAAACAACAACUGAACAAACUAUCACUGGUAAUUUUAAUAUUAAAGCAUCGACAGAAUUAGACUUAUCGCUAAUGGAAGUUUCAAAUGACACGCCUUUAAAUCUCAACGUUUCACAUACCUCGACUUACAUGCAUUCCAUGGAAUCGCUAAAUAAUAAUAAACUAUCAUGUGAACAGUGUGGUUCAAAAUUCAAGCAUGAAUUACAAUUGUUGCAACAUGCGCAAAAAAUGCAACAUUUCAUAAUGUUGCCAAAUGGUGAUCACCGUUGUUUGGCUGCUAGUCAUCUAAGUCGACCGUGUCAAUCGACAUUUCCCACUCAAGCUGCAAUGGUCAUCCAUUAUAAAAAUACUCACACUAGCUUGGUCAUAUCCGAGCGACAUGUGUAUAAAUACCGAUGUAAACAUUGUUCACUUGCAUUUAAAACUCAAGAAAAACUAUCUACCCAUUUGCUAUAUCACACUAUGCGCGAAGCCACCAAAUGCAUGUUCUGCCAACGAAAUUUUCGUACUACUCAAGCGCUACAAAAGCACAUCGAUCAAACACAUCAUAGUAGCGGCGAUCAACAUGUCGCCAGUAACAGUCCAUCGACAGCAUUAAGCUGUAGCGGCCGUGGAUCCCCAGCCUUACAGAUGAGUCACGUCCAAAACAAAACCCAAUUAAAUGAAGUUAUAUCAGACAAUGCAGCUAAAAACCAAGACAUCAAUGAUUUAGCAGUUCGUGAAUCGCCUCCGAUGACACCGAAAGCAAAUGAAUCUCCCAACGCCGCGCCUUCUCCAUUACCAGCUAACAUAUUGCAAGACCAGCAGCAACAACAACAUGUUGCUGCUUUCACCGCUGCGUUAUUAAAUCAACCAUUACAGCAACAACAGCAUAUCAGCGGCGAUGAGCUAACAGAGAGCGGUGGCCAUCUGACGCAGCAUUUACAAAUGAAACCACGUAGUUCCCUCUUAACACAAAAAUAUCUUCACCAGCAGAAUCUUCAAAACAUUCAACAAUUGCCACAAUUGACUGCAGCAGCAUCUACAUCAGGAUUGCAAUUGAAUCCUGUCGAGAUGUUUAAUUUAAUGCAGUUUCAUCACAUUAUGUCAAUGAACUUUAUGAAUCUUGCACCGCCGCUUAUAUUUGGGGUCGGCACUAAUUCUGGAUCUGGUGGCAAUGUUGAUUUGUUAACCUCCACUCACACACCUAAAGUUACUCACAACACAAGUGCCAACGCUCUUCAAUGUGGAAACGAUAUGUCGGUACCAUGCACAUCAGUGUCGCCACGAGCGGACCUAAUAGGUACAUUGCAGCAACAUCCUCAGUCCCAAUCGCAGCAAUCUGCACCAACAAAUACCGUUCAGAUGGGAAGUAAUCAGAAACGUGCUCGGACGCGUAUCACUGACGACCAGCUAAAAAUUCUGCGAGCCCACUUUGAUAUUAAUAAUUCACCAAGCGAAGAAAGUAUAAUGGAAAUGUCACAAAAAGCGAAUUUGCCAAUGAAGGUCGUCAAGCAUUGGUUUCGGAAUACGUUGUUUAAAGAACGUCAAAGAAACAAAGACUCCCCCUACAACUUUAAUAAUCCACCAUCUACAACACUGAAUUUAGAAGAAUACGAACGCACUGGACACGCAAAAGUUAUGCCGCUAAACGAGGAUUUAUCGAUGUCAUCGCAUAACUCUAAGCACCAACAACAAAAGCAAAAUAUGCAUACGUCUAAUUCCAAAAACAAUUCAAAAGAAAAACCAACCCCUAUGUCGGACAUAUGUGGCGAUUCCUCGUUAUUAAUUGAAAUCAAAACUGAACCGUUCGAUGAUAAUAUUGAGCCACACAUUACAACUCCAGGGAGUCCACAACGUCAAAAUGAACAGCAGCAAUCACAAGAACAAAGCCAACGAGAACAGCAUAAGAAAGACGAGAAAGAUUUAUUGAGCACGUCAUCGACAUUGCUGCUUAGUAAACGACAACAGUAUUUAUCGGCAUUGCCAGCGACUGAACAUCAACAACAACUUCUUGAAACGCCAGAGAACACAGCAGUGGAAACGGCUGCUGUUACGCCGUUGCAGCAGCAUAAUCACCAACAACAACAUUUGUCUGGCCAAUCAAAUCAAAAUAUUCACCAGCAACAAUCACAGCAUAUCAACCUAUAUAGUUAUGAGACCAAAUCAGAAAGCGGCAGUUCAGACAUCCUCUCCAGACCUCAGUCACCAAACAACAGUUCUACAGUUGUAGCCACUCACUAUGCCAGCAUUAAUGAGUUAAUAAACCAACAAUUGGACAAUUUGCCGCUCGGCCAAAAUAGCAGCAAUAUAAAUCCUGCCAACAUGCACGGUAACAACAUGGGUCCGCCGAAAAACUUUCAAAGCAGCAAAUCUUUCGAUAAAAAUUCGCCGUCUUCUCAGUUUGACACCAAUUCGAAUUCAUCGAAUGCAUCGUCCACAUCUAGCGGAAAGCGCGCAAAUCGCACACGCUUUACGGACUAUCAAAUUAAGGUACUACAGGAAUUCUUUGAGAAUAACUCCUAUCCAAAGGAUAGCGAUUUGGAGUAUUUAAGUAAGCUAUUAUUGCUUUCUCCACGAGUUAUUGUUGUCUGGUUUCAGAAUGCUCGCCAAAAACAGCGGAAGAUUUAUGAAAAUCAACCAAAUAACUCCCUUUACGAAACUGAAGAGAAAAAACAUAAUAUUAACUACGCCUGCAAAAAGUGUAAUAUGACAUUUCAGCGCUAUUACGAGUUGAUACGCCACCAGAAAAAUCAUUGCUUUAAAGAAGAAAAUAAUAAAAAGUCGGCCAAGGCACAAAUAGCCGCAGCACAGAUCGCACAAAAUCUCAGCUCAGAAGACUCCAAUUCCUCGAUGGAUAUAAAUAAUAGCAGUGCAUAUCAAUUACAUCAUCAACAUAUUUCUAAUGCUGGAGCAACAGCGGUGUUGUCAAGUACUGCCAACGUUUCCAGCACAUCACCCAGCAGCGCAGCUCCUGACCUUACAUCGCCACAGCAUUUAUUUAGUAAAUCGUCAAUGUCAAUGACUGAUUUUAGUCCAUCCACUACACCCACUCCGCCACAAACACAACGCGAGCGUAGCGAUAGCAGUGAAUUGCUGCCGCAAGGUCCAGUGCACAAGUCAAAAUUCGAAUGUGACAAAUGCAAAUUACAAUUCAGUUACUACGAACAUUUCCGCGAGCAUCAGUUAUUACAUCUAGUGAAUCCUAGCUUAUUUACCACACAAAUCACAAACUUACCAGACGCUUAUGGUUCAUUUGGCAGCAUAUUGCAAAGUUUACAGCAGGUUGCAACUGCCAGUGCCACGCAUCAGCAGCACCAUCAAUUCCUGGAACAGCAAGACCAACCACCCGCCAAAAAACGUAAGUGUUCUGAAACAUCUUCAACAACAGAUGAAGUGCCAGGAAUUUGUGGCUCUGGUGAUGGUGAAAUCAGCAGCUCUGCCUCAUUUUCAAAAAGUAAAAGAUACGAUUUUUUAUAUCAGUAUUUUAUGCAAAACGAAAGCAACAAUGAAUUGAAGCAACAAUUUCAAGCACAACACAAAAAAUCAAAUGAACCAGAAAUCGAAAUAGAAUAUUUAGCAAACUUUUACCAUCAAAGUGAGUUACGAAAGCGUAGUAAUUAUGAUUUCUUGUAUCAAUAUUAUCAAAAAAAUGAACACAUAAAGCAAAUGAGUGCUUUGCCGUCCCAAGCGGGAUUUUUCGGUAGUGAGAAUAAGCCAAAUAUAGAUGUUCUACUACAGUACUAUCAACUGAAUGAAUCAAAAAAGUUUUUUCAGUUAAAUGCCUCGAACCAAGAAAUAAAUGACCACACGGCAGCGUCGCCAAUAUCGACAUCACAUGUCCAACGUGUAAAUAAUCCGAUACCAAUAUCGACUAGUGACCAUACACCCACACCUAGAGUUGAUCGGUAUGAUAUAACCGAUUUAAGUUUGUUCAAAAACUCUUUGGAUGUCCUUAAUAGUACUAUUAAUUUUCCAGAUUACGAUAAUGACAACAACGACCACGAAAAAAGUAGUAAUGGUUGUGGUAUGGAUGUUGACGACGCUGAAAUUUAUACUGAUACCGAUGAUCAUAUUAAUGACAAUAACCAAAAAUCGAAUGAAAUCUAUGGUCACAAAAGCCAAAUAAACAUAGUUGAAAGGAGUAACGAUACUGAUAACAAGGAUUAUAAGCAAGUGGCUAAUAAAUUAGCGAAAAUGGAUCAAAUUAAUAAACUAGCUACUAACCUACAAUCUCCAUCUUCUUAUGGCAAUGAUCAACAUAAGCUCAAGAAUUUAAGUAAAUCUCUGGUCAGAUGUGUAAAAAAUCAAAAAGAUAAUCUGGCAAAGCGUAAAGCAUCAAAUGAGUCAUCAAAAACAAAAGCGACAACAACUACCAACUUUAACAAUGACCAUAUUGAUAAUUUAAAAGAUUUUCUUCAUGUCAAUCAAAAAUCCGAAUCGACAGAAAAAAGUAAACAGCAGAAGUAUUAUAACGAUUUACUGCAAGCACAAAAUGAAACCAACGGCCUUGGAAAUAAUGAAUUAGCCCUACAAACAAUGGAUAAGAGACAGUUACCAGAGACUCCAAUAUCAUCACCGAAUUCCACUACAAAUUCAAAUAAUAAACCUACCGUUGGGUCAUCGAACACAACAGCAGACACAGUCACUGGUGUUACUGAAAAACAACAAAGCAAACGUUUACGCACUACAAUACUGCCAGAGCAAUUAAAUUUUCUAUAUGAAUGCUAUCAAAACGAAUCGAACCCAAGUAGAAAAAUGCUUGAGGAGAUCGCAAAAAAAGUUAAUCUUAAAAAACGGGUUGUACAAGUUUGGUUCCAAAACUCACGUGCCAAAGAUAAAAAAUCACGCAAUCAACGCUUUACCGCUAUAUCCGAUGACAGUAACUACGAGGACGCUUCGCAAAAUAACCGAGAUUAUGGACUGUUUCAAAAAAAUGCAUUGAAAUCCAUUAGAAGACACGGCAGCAAGGACGCGAACUUUUUACCUGACUCUAAUAUUAGUAAUAACACCAACACUGGAAUGGAAUUGGGCGGAUGUAAUUUAUCCCAACUGUCUCAAGUAAACAUUCAGCAACAUGCCUUAUCUAUUGACCACAUAUGUAAAGUAAAAAAAUUAUUGGAGAAAACCGCUGUUGAGGUCAAACUUAAUAUCGAUUCUAAAAUCUUCUCAACUGCAGGAACUGAUGACAACGUAGAAUAUGGGAAUAAGCAAAAUGCAACUGACAAGCCAAAUACUAACUCCGAUUUAAAAGAAAGAAAAUAUGUCACGAGUGACGAAGCUGAUUUUAACAGUACUCAUGAUAGUAAUUUAAAGGCGCAUAUGGAUAAUGAUAUUGCCGGUAGCGAUAGACUUGGCACAUUUACGAGAAUAUAUAAGGAACUUAAACUACAAAAUGCAAAGAAGCGGGCCAUCGAUUAUACAUCCAAUAACCAAAACAGCGAAUUAAUGGAAUGGUAUGAACGUGGCAAUAUUAAUAAUAAAAGCAAGGGACUAACAACAAACGACAUGAGUUACAAUCGAUGCAAAGGGCUACAACCACAGAUAACUAAACAGACUUCAGAAGAAAAUAAUAAAAGACCAGAAAGCUAUAAAAUUAUUAAUUUGACUUUCAGUGCCGAGAAUAUUGACAACACUGAUAAUAAAAGCAGUAACGGAAAUAAAAAUUGUGGUCAACAUGUCGAAGCUCAAGAUUAUAAGCAUUACAAUGACCUUAACAACAUAGUCAAUAACAAAGUAAUGAAAACGCAAUAUAAUAUUAACGAUAGCGAACGCAGCAGCAGCAAAAAUAAUUUUUUUUCUUCAAACAUAUCGCAGGUAACCAGUAUUACUGACGAUGAAGAUACGUAUAUAGGCGAAUACAAGGAUAGUAGUGAUGGGAAUGCACUAGAUCUAAAUGAUAAUAAUGAGACCAAACAAAACCCAUCAACUAGAAAUGAAAGAAUAACAGCAAACAGUAGCAGCACAUCUUGUACAUUAACAACCAGUACAACGCAUACGCAAUUAACCAAUGCACAUGAAAAAUAUAUUAUUCAGCAAAUAUUCAAUUGUAAUCAAAUAACUGAUAAUUUCUCAAGUGACGGGUUCGAAUAAUUGGACGGCUACGAUGACUAACAAUAAAAACAUGGUCAUAUAAUGAAAAUCGGUUAUAAGAGAAAUCUGCCAAGCGGAGUGAUAAAUACAAAACAUACUAAAAGUUAAAAGGAUUUAUUGCAAAGAAUACUCGCAACAUGUUUUAUGAUAACAAAAAAACUUAUACUAAAAGACAGAUACACAUAGUUCCUAUUUUAAAAAAAAAAUUAAAAAUAAAUAAAAAAAUAAAAUAAAAUAAAGUAACAUUAGUAACGUAAUUUAAAAUCUAACACCUCGAUUUAUAAAGAAGAAAAUAUUACAUUAUUCAAUAUAAAGCGGCUGAUAUACACGUGAAAAUAUACAUAGAAACACACAAAAUUUAUGUUAGUUGCAGUUACGCAUUAAUAAGCGAAAAUAAGAAUAUAAAUAAAGAAAAGUAGGAAAAACAAACAUUGAUAUGGAAGCGCCAAAGAGUGACACAAUCAAAGUGUGCUUCAAUAGAUAUGAAUGAGAAUAUAUUACAAUAUUUUGAGUGUUGUGUAAUUAUCACGUAAUAUGUAUUAAAGGAACCAAGAUUUAAUUAUCUAAAAAUUAAGGCUGGGGUCUCAAUCAGUCAUAACCAAAACGAAAAGAAACAAACAAACGUGUCUAAGAUGAUAGGUGUAUUACAAUAAAUUAAAAGGAUAAAAUUUUAGUGAAAAUAAACGAAAACUAACAUAAAAUAAAUUUUCGAAAAAUAUGCAACAAAGUUCCUAGCAUUUUAGUGUGCUACAUACUAUUUUGCCUAUGUUUAUUCCUUUAUUAAAUUAAAGCUGAAGAUCUGGCUAAUUUAAAUGUCUUGUAAUGUUGAAAGGUAAUCAAUUACGCAAAAACCAACAACGCAGAGUGGUCAGUUAAAUUAAGCAAUUUAUAUUUAUAACUUGUAACUAUUAAAGAAGGUAUUUAUUUGAAAAUAUAAUGAAACAAUGGUCGAAUAUAUUGAUUAAGUUAAUUAUACAAUAUAUAGUAAACUACAUCCUGUAAAACUUAUCUCCAUGAACGCCCUUGCGAAGUAUAAUAAAGUAUCAGCAUUACAAACCAUUA